AUGGGUUUCCUCCAGAACAUCCCCGCCAAUGAGGUCUCGGCCGCCUACGACACGAAGAUCAAGAAGCUCGUCCUCACGGCCAAGGGCCAAGUCCAAAACUUCACCUCCGGCAUCGAGUUCCACCGCGUGCCCUUCGCCGGCGGCCUCCUCUUCAACCUACAGGGCUGGGUCGGCCCCAUCGGCGAGGGAACCAGGCCAUACAGCGUAACAAACUACUUUGACAUUGAACUGCCGAGCCCCGUCCUCCCCUCCAACACGGUCCUCGUCAACGUCUCGAACCGUCCCAGCCCCUUUAUCGCGCACAUCAAGUUCAACGGCCUGCAGCAACAGCAGCAGCAGCAGCAGCCCACCACCACCUCGGCGUCCGCCGUGGAGACCCAGCUCCCAGAGAUCAAGACCGUCGCCCCCAACGAGAAAAAGAUCACAGCACUGUUCAAGAUCCCGUUCGAGAUCAGGGAGUCCGAUUCUGUCCCCAGAGGCGGCAACGUGAGCAUCUCCUUUGACAAGAACUUCCUCACCCUCACCGACGCCGGCAUCGACAACGGCGACAUCGUCUGGACCUUUGACUCCCUCCAGACGGGCAACACCCAGAUCGGCGUCCUCAUCGGCGGCGGCAUCGCCACCUUUGUCCUCCAAAAGACCUACGACGUCCGCAUCGAGGUCCUCGCCGACGAAGCAAAGACCAAAAAGGCCACCCUCUCCGCCGCCUCCACCACUACCUCCAUCGACCCAGCCUCGGCCGGCGAGAUCCUCUCCUGGACGGGCUUCGUCAACAUCGGCCUCAACCUCAUCCGCGCCCAGCACCCCACCGCCCGCCUCCUCGAAGCCGACGCGACCCCCAUCGGCCGCGACCCCGUCAACGACCCUCUCGCCCUCUCCCGCCUCCGCGUCGUCGCGGGCCUGGACGGCAACCAGAGCGCCGUCGUGCAGUCCACGGGCUGGGGCGAGUUCGGCAGCGUGCAGGUGAUCCCCGGCCUUCCGCUCGACGACGUCGCCAUCGCGUGGCCUCUGAAGCCCGAGCUGGAGCUCACCCAGGCGUGGGACAUCUUGCAGAGGUCCGGGUUCAACGGGCUCGUUGAUGCUGUUACGCUGAGGCAGCCGCUGUUUCCUGGGAUCGAUCAGGUGUUUUACAUUUUUACUUCGGGGCCCGAGUUUUUCGGGGUUGGGGUUACGGAUCGGAAGGUGCAUCGGUUCUCUUCGGGGGGGCGCGAGGUGCAGCUUGCCAACUGA